CGGUCUCCUCUGAAUCCUGGUCGGGACGCUGCCAGCGGCGUUUGCAGAAGGGGCUGAGAUCGACCCUGCUCUCCCUCCGGGCGUUUCUGAACAGGAAAUGUGUCACAAGGAGCCCAGGAUUAAUUAGUCAUGAUGGGUUGGAGUUCCUAACUGCGCAACUCAGAAAAAGCAAGAAAAGAGGAGAAGAAAUGGGUUGCUUACACUCACCUCAACUCUCUUUCCUCCCCUUUUGCUUAUGUGAUGCCUUAAUAUUUUUCGUGUUGCCUGAAGGUAGUCCUCUUUUUACGACGACAGUUGGGAUGGGAAUCUCGCUUGUUUAACAAAGUGGUCAUUAUGUGAGAUAUCACAUGAUGGCUUUGCUCAAGGAUUGUAAUUCUGCACUCACUGUUGCGGAUAAGUGAUUUCAUUGGUUAUUACGUGCACAUUGUCCCAGGUAAGAAGCAUGGGUUUGUGUGGGCGGGUGGCAGGGGAGGCCAUUGGAGUCCCAGCAUUGGAAAUGUUUGACUUGAGGGGGUGCUGGAGAAGCUUAGAGAUGCUUUGGUCCACGUUGCUUAGAAACUGUAUGGAACAUGUUGAUGGGAGAAUGGCGCAAGUCUGCAAAGGACUCCAGUCUCAGAAAUUAAGGCUGCAUUUCUCAGUGGCAGCGGUGACACUGGGCUGAAGUCUAGGCCUGGUGUCAUUGGCACUGGCUGAAACUGCAGAAGGCCCCAAUCCUCCACUUAAGGAACUGCCAUGGCAUUUCUGCCCCAUUGCAGGGCUAACAACUACUAUAAACAAAGGGUUUCCCUCCUAGUGAUGUGGGAGCUCACUCACUGAAUAAUUUGUCUAGAGUGGUCUGAGGUCCUGGAUAGGGGGUUGAAUUGGGAGAUCUUCCUGAUGCCUCCCAAGUCUCAGAUAUUGUGAAUCUCUUUAACUUUCUCAAAAGGAAAUAUUAUCCUGCAUUUCUUUUUUUUUCUAACAAAGGGUAAAAGAUUGUGACCAAACAUUUACCUGCAAGACAACUCUCAGCAUAAAAUAGAAAUUCAGCCCAAGGCAGCAGCCGCCAGAAAGGAUGGAGCCUGGGAAACUCUUGGAUGCUCCAUCAGACACAAGCAGCACUCUGGAAGACCACAAACAAAUACAUGAAUGCUCGGAGUGCGGGAAAUCCUUUGCUGUCCAGUCCCUCCUUUUGACCCACAGAAAGGUCCAUUUCAGAAGUGCAUCCAGUCAAGGUUUGGAGUGUGAGGAAUCCUUCCCUGGAAAAAACUCCAAAGAUCUCAGGAGCCCCCCAACACUAAAACCCUAUAAAUGUGAUGAAUGUGACUUAUGUUUUGGUCGAUCAUCAUACCUUCUUACACAUCAGAAAAUCCACACGGGAGAGAAACCUUAUCAAUGUCUGGAAUGUGGGACAUUUUUCCGUGAAAAAGCCACUCUCAUAAAACACGAGAGGACUCACACAGGGGAAAAACCUUACAAGUGUUCGGAAUGUGGGAAGAGCUUUUCUCAUAAGGCAAAUCUUUGUGUCCAUGAGCAGAUUCAUGCAGGAAUCAAACCUCACAAAUGCUUGGAGUGUGGAAAAUGUUUCACACAGAUUUCAUCUCUUCGGAGUCAUGAGAAAACACACAGAGGGGAGAAAAACGAAAAGUGCCUCGAAUGCGGGAAAUGUUUUAUCCUGAAAUCAAACCUGCUGCAACAUCAGAGACUCCACACCGGAAUAAGACCAUAUGAAUGCGCAGAAUGCGAGAAACGAUUUCUAACUUCUUCUGAUCUUCGGAAACACCAGAUAGGGCACAAAGGCGAUAAACCGUAUAAAUGUGGGGAAUGUGGGAAAGGUUUCCUUGAACGAGGGAAGCUUGAGACUCAUGAGAGAAUCCAUACGGGGGAGAAGCCAUUCAAAUGUGUGGAGUGUGGGAUGUGCUUUUCCGAUAAAUACAUCCUUGCCAGGCAUCAGAGGGUCCACACAGGAGAGAAGCCAUACAGAUGUGGAGAAUGUGGGAAAUGUUUUGCUCAAAAGGGAUACCUUUCAGUACAUUAUAAAACCCACACAGGGGAGAAGCCCUUUCAGUGCAAUGAAUGUGGACAAUUUUAUCGUAGCAUAACAACCCUGAAAAAACAUGCAAAACUGCACACGGGGACCAAAAUUUCAAAUGUUUAAAGUGUGGGAGAACAUUUGCUGGUUCAUUUUCCCUUAGAAGUCACAGCAAAAUCCAUACAGCAGAGAAACAGCGGUAUCUUCAUUGUAUAUCUGAUCCUAUUUUUUACAAACAUGUUUACAUUUUCAGCUCUCCUGUUGAUCAACAAAGAUAAAGAUCCAAUGGAGAAAAACAGCUAACAACAUAAGUAUAUAAUCCCCCUUUCCAUUAAAUCCCUCUCAAAGCAACUAAAAAUAAUUACAAAACAAUAGUAAUAGAAUUGGAAGCUAUUAUAUAUUUCCUGAAAUAACUUUAUAUGUAAAAAUGAAAACAAAAAUAAAAGGUUAACAAGAAA